GGAGGCUCUGAUCUGGGCUUGGCUGCGAGUCAGGAAGGCAAAGAUCGCGGAGCCGGAGCGCUCAGGGCCAGGUGACACAAUCGUGGGUGCCCGGCGCUGCUUGACAGCUUCAUCCCCGCCCACUGGCAGGAGAGCGCGGCCGGGCAGCACGCGCGCGCGCAGGGUCCUUAAAAGCCGCGGCCGCGCGGAGACGCCGAGCUCGCCCACCGCGCGCAGGCGGCGACAUGCACGUGAACGGCAAAGUGGCGCUGGUGACCGGCGCGGCCCAGGGCAUCGGCCGAGCCUCCGCCGAGGCGCUGCUGCUCAAGGGCGCCAAGGUAGCGCUUGUCGAUUGGAAUCGUGAAGCAGGUUUAAAGUGUAAAGCUGCCCUGGAUGAGCAGUUUGAACCUCAGAAGACUCUCUUCAUCCAGUGCGAUGUGGCCGAUCAGGAACAACUAAGAGAUACUUUUAGGAAAGUUGUAGACCACUUUGGAAAACUGGACAUUUUGGUGAAUAAUGCUGGAGUGAAUAAUGAGAAAAACUGGGAAAAAACUCUGCAAAUUAAUUUGGUUUCUGUCAUCAGUGGAACCUACCUGGGUUUGGAUUACAUGAGCAAGCAAAAUGGAGGUGAAGGUGGCAUCAUUAUUAAUAUGUCCUCUUUAGCAGGGCUGAUGCCUGUUGCACAACAGCCUGUUUACUGUGCUUCCAAACAUGGCAUAAUUGGAUUCACACGCUCGGCAGCGAUGGCUGCUAAUCUCAUGAACAGUGGUGUGAGACUGAAUGCCAUUUGCCCAGGCUUUGUUAAUACACCCAUCCUCAAAUCCAUUGAAAAAGAAGAAAACAUGGGACAAUAUAUAGAAUACACAGAUCAUAUCAAGGAUAUGAUGAAAUACUAUGGAAUUUUGGACCCAUCAAUGAUUGCCAAUGGAUUAAUAACACUCAUUGAAGACGACGCUUUGAAUGGGGCUAUAAUGAAGAUCACAACUUCUAAGGGAAUUCAUUUUCAAGAUUAUGAUACAACCCCAUUUCACACGAAAGCUCAGUGAACAUCUUAUAUGUCAGCUUUAACUGAAAAUAAGCACAAAUGACUUAGACCACAUCUUCAUUUGAAUACAGCUUUUUAAA